AGUCAGGCUCUUUGACCCACAGAACCGUGACCUGCUCAUUGACCCAAAGAGCUACACUUCAGAGCUUAGUGUCAAGUUUGAUUCCUUUUAGCUCUGACUGAUUACCAAGAUACUACUGACACCAACUUAAUCAUCCAUCUGACCCCAGUGGGCUGGUAAACGUUCAGCUGCAGUGAAAAAAAAAAGUGCAAAAACAGAGAAGCGCCAAACUGAAGCCUUUAGCUAACAACGUCUGAGUAUCAACUGUAGAAUAUUAUGGAACGAGAAUUCACUCUAUUAUUAGAACACGUUUUCACUUAACUUUACUCCCAUUAAUUUAUUUAUUUGUUCUAUUUAAUCAGUUUGAUUUGAUGUAAAUUAAUAUUUUUUUACGUAACAAAGCUGUGAAUCAGGAUUUUCUUUGAGAGUACUUGUGCUGAUUUCAUGUGUCUGACAGGUCCUAAUGAGGAGAUGAUCAGGGGAUUAUGGGCAUCUACUGGGACCUAAACACCAUGCAGAGGCUCUAACUGUGACCUGGACGAAGCUGCUGUGUGGUUUAAAUAAACUCACACAGUUAUUUAGAUCAUUAUGAUGUGCAGUAAAUCCUGAGUGUGGUGGGAACAGUGACCUAACCUGAAACACAGCAGUGAAGAAACUCAACUAAAAAUGUAGUAACAGUUCACUUCUAACACGAUUUGAUUCCAUUUAUCAGCUGCUCUGCCGCCGAUCCGCCUAUCCAGACGUGAAAUGAUGGACUCGUGCUUAGCCGGGAUGCCGGACAGGUCGGAGCCGGUGGAGGUGGACGACAUUAAACGAAACCUGCUGGAUGAAUUCGGCUUCUCUCCAGCUCAGGUCGCUGCUCCUCCUCAGACUGAAAACCUGCAGGUCUACCUGAGGGUCCGGCCCUUCACUGCAGCCGAGAGCCACAGCAGAGACUCCCAGGACUGUGUGACAAUCGAGGGUCCCGACACCGUGGCCCUCAGGGCCCCCAGGGUCAGCACAUCCAACCAGAAGAGUGAGAAGCCCCUCCCCCAGACGGCGCAGAGGUUCACCUUCACGCAGGUGUUCGGCCCAGACGCUGGUCAAAGGCAGGUGUUCAACGGUUCUGUUCGGGGUUUGGUCAGAGACGUUCUGCAGGGAGGAAACUGUCUGGUGUUCACCUACGGAGUCACCAACGCGGGGAAGACCUUCACCUUCCUUGGUCCAGAACACGACUCUGGCCUGCUGCCCCGGUCGCUGUCGGUCAUCUUCAACAGCAUCGAGGACCGCCUGUACAGCCGCCACGACCUGAAGCCUCAGCGCUGCAAAGACUUCAGCAGACUGACGGCAGAGCAGCAGGCGGCGGAGAGCAGCAGCAAGAGGAGCCUGCUGAGGCUGUUCAAAGAGACGGACAAGACACUGACGUCUGGAAGGUCCACCUUCCUGGAAGGUUCGUCUCUGAGCAGCGACAGCAGCGUUUCUGAGCCCGACAGCUUCUGUCUGGACGUUUCUUCCAACGUUAGCUUCUCGGUUUGGGUCUCAUUCUGUGAGAUUUACAACGAGAGCAUCCACGACCUGCUGGAACAGGUUCCUGCGCUGAACCAGAGGAGGACGGUGCUGCGCUUGUCUCAGGACGUGAAGGGAAACUCCUUCAUCAAAGACCUGCGCUGGGUUCAGGUGAACAGCUCUGAGGAAGCCUACAGAAUCAUGAAGAUCGGGAAGAGGAACCAAAGCUUCUCCUCCACCAGGCUGAACUAUCUGUCCAGCAGGAGCCACAGCAUCUUCUCCAUCAGGAUCCUCAGAGUGGACGACAGCGGCGUUCCCAGAGUCCUCGGCGUCAGCGAGCUGGCGCUGUGCGACCUGGCCGGGUCGGAGCGCUGCUCCCGGACUCACAACACCGGGGAGCGGCUGAAGGAGGCGGGGAACAUCAACACCUCCCUGCUCACGCUCGGGAAGUGCAUCAACGCCAUGAGGCUCAACCAGAACUCCAAGUUUCAGCACCACAUUCCCUUCAGGGAGUCCAAGCUCACACACUUCCUCCAGAACUUCUUCUGCGGCGCCGGCCGCGUCUCCAUGGUGGUCAACAUCAACCAGAGCUCGUCUUUUUUCGACGAGACGCUCAAUGUCCUCAAGUUCUCUGCGCUCGCUCAGAAGGUUGUGGUGCUGAGCUCCCAGCCGGACGUCCCAGGUGACCAGGACCCUCAGAAGAUGGCCAUGGAGCUGUCCAUCAUCAUCGAUGAAGCUGAGGAGCGCAGGAACCAGUUGAGGCGGGGCAGGAGGAGUUCGCUGGUCGCCUGGGAAACCAGUCUGGAGGAUGUGCAGGAAGAUGAGGACGGCGAGGAGGACGAGGAGGAGGAGGAGGACAGCAUGAUGGAGGGAACCGUGCUAGAAGCAGGAGGAGAGGAAGAAGAUGAAGUAGAUUUGACCAUGGGGGACGAAGAGCAGCGUCCUGACAGAGAGGCGGCUCUGCGUUUGGUUCUGGAGGCACAGAUCCGUGAAGAAGUCAGCAAUGAGUUCAUGGAGCUUUUCAAAAAGAUGGAGAGAGACUACAGUGAGCGCUUGGAGAAAGAGCGGGAGAUCCUGGAGGAACGAGCGGACAAGAGGGUGGAGAUUCUGAAGAAGCUGGUCGAUAAAACUGUUGAGCCUUCAGCUCUUGAUGAGGAAAGGCAGACGGCGGCCUUGGAAGAAAUCAUCAGCUCCAUGAGCGAAGAUCUGCAGAAGAUCAAGGAGGGAGCUCAGAGCGUCCACCACUGUCUGGCUGACGAGGCACAGAUAGCAGAGAUUGAAAAGCUGCAAUUGGAGAAUCAGCGAUCACAUGACCAGCUCCAGGAAACAUUACAGGUUCCUGUGCGUUCUCAGAGUCUGGAGCAGCAGCAGCAGGAGCUCAGGGAGCUGAGGGAGGUCUGCCGCCAGAAAGAGGAGGUCAUAGUGAGACUGCAGGACGCUGUGGAGAACGCAGCCGCAGACAAGGAGCACGCCUGCAGCUGUAUGAAGGGAGACGGAGCAGAGGAGGUGAAGGAGGAGAGCUGCAAACGCCCGCGGGAUUCUGCAGAGGAGAGUGGAGGACCAGCCAGGAAGAGAGCGCUGUUAGAGGAGGAGAUCUGGAGGCUCCAGGAGGAAAACGAGAACAAGGAGAAAGCUAUUGCUGAGCUGCAAAAUAGGGAGGAGAGGAGGAGGAGUCUGGAGGAGGAGGUGAGAAGACGCAACGAGGAGGUGAAGCAGCUGAAGGAGGAGCAGGAGCUACUGGAGCAGAAGGUGCUGAUGUUGACCGAUCUGGACGCGUGUCAGAACUGCGACUCGGUUCUGGCGUCUCUGGAGGCGGAGCAGCGGGAGUCCGCCCGGCUGCAGAAGGAAAACAAGGCUCUGGUGAACGGCAUCUUCCAGCUGCAGACUGAGAUGACCGCUCUGCAGGAGCAGCUCAAACAGCAAAGCAUCAUGGCUGACCGCCAAUCAGAGCAGCUCAACACAGCCAAGUCCCGCCUCCAGGACCUGGAGAGCCAAUUAGAGGAGAAGUCGGAGUCCGCCAGCAGCUUCAGGCAGGAAGUGGAGCGUCUGAGGCAGAGAGUGGAGGAGCAGGAGGAGGGGCGGAGCAACAGCACCAGUGUAUUUCACGCCACCAUGGAGGAGCUGACGAAGGAGAGCAAGGCGGCGCUGCAGAGGUCUGCCGAGAAGUCCCAACAGAUCGAGGAGCUUCAGGGAGAGAAGACGCAGCUGGAGGAGCGGCUGCAGCAGAGCCUCAACAGGUGUGAGGAGCUGACGGGCAAGCUGGCCACCCAGAGAGCAGAGCUCCUGCGGCUGCAGGAGCUGAGGGCGGAGCUAGAGGCAGAGGGCGGGGCCCUGCGAGAGAGGCUGCAGGAGAUGCAGCGAUCAGAGGAGGAGAGGAGGAGGGAAAAGGAGAAGGAGACAUGUGAGCUGCAGGACGUCCUGCUGGAGAAGGACAGACUCCUGGACGAGACCCUGCAGCAGGCGGAGGCUCUGAGACGAGAGCUGCAGAGGCUGAAGGAGGAGCUACAGAGGAGAGAGGAGGAGGAGAAGGAGAACAGGGGCUGUGAGGAGACCCCAUGGAGGAGGCAGCAGGAGACGGAGGGAGAAGUGAUUUGCCUGCAGGACGUCCCGUCGCCGGUGAGGCACAAGAGGAGGAAGAGCCCCAGAGCUGUGAGGGGGAAGAGGAAGAGCGUGGAGGUGGAGGACCUGGUCUUCAGCGAGAACAAGAGGAACCGGGGGAGGGGAGGGGCCCUCAGCAGCAGACAGGAGCAGAAAGUCGCCGCGGCGAUCAUCGACUCGCCGUCCAAAGCCAAAGGUACAACAGCAGCCGGUCUGGUGGGGGCAGUAACCACAAAGCCCCGCAGAGGGCGCAAGAAGCUUUUGAAGACGGGGGCGUCGACGCCGCUGCUGGAUUCCCCUCUAACGGCGUUGGGGGAUCCAGACGAAGACAAGGAAAGUGAUCACCUGAUUAUUAAGAGGAAGCUGCGCUCUAAAACAGGCAGGAAGUGAUGUCAUCUGGCUGAUGGACAAGGCCUUAAAGAACUCUGAAAACAUGUACAGAUUUUAGAUUGUCUCAGGAUAAAUAAAGAGUAGAUGACUGUUUCACAACCAGACCCCCCCCCAGAUGGGGCCGAUCAGCUCUGUCGUCAACCAGUUUCAAUAAAGUUCUGCAAAUGGCCGACUGGUCUUAAGAGAAACUUUGUUCAAAUUCCCUCCCUCCCUGACCUGAAAGCCUAAUAAAUAAAUACCAACUUUUUAUUCACAAA